UAAUGAAUAUAAGUGUCGGGUGUACAAGAGGCUUCUACUCUCCUCGCGGUGCUUUAAUCUCUAGACUAGUACAUAUAAAAAAUAAAAAAAGAGAGAGAGAGAGUGUGUGUGUGUGAUGAGGGCUGAGAUGAAGGAUGGAACUCAAGUUGUGGUGCAUGAUAAUGGUAACUCCGGGAAAGUCUCAAUCUCCAAGUUCUCACACCUUCUUGCUUCCCAAGAUCGUGAUUUUCUUCUCUCUCCAACGGGCUCUCAGGUAAAAGUUAGCGAUCUUGAAGGGAAAGUAGUGGGUCUCUUAUUCGCUGCCAAUUGGUACCCACCAUGCCGUGGAUUCACCCAAGUCUUAGUUGGAAUCUACGAGGAGCUGAAAAGCAGUGUCCCUCAAUUCGAGAUAGUGUAUGUGUCCUCUGAUGAGGACUUGGAUGCCUUUAACAGCUUCUAUGGAAACAUGCCGUGGCUUGCAAUUCCGUUCUCUGAUUUGGAAACAAAGAAAGCUUUGAGCAGAAAGUAUGACGUGGAAGGCAUUCCAUGCUUGAUUUUGUUGCAACCUGACUAUGGUAAAGAGAACGAUGCAACAGUUCGUGAUGGGGUUGAACUUAUUUACCGCUAUGGUGUCCAAGCUUAUCCAUUCAGUAUCGAGAGGUUGUUGCAGCUGCAACAUGAAGACAAAGUGAAGCUUGAUAACCAGACCCUCGUUAAUUUACUAGGAAACCAACACAGAAACUAUGUUUUGACUCACACUCACACGGGACUCAAACAGGUACCCGUGAGUUCCCUUGUGGGCAAAACCAUUGGACUCUACUUCUCAGCGGAAUGGUGCGUGCCAUGCGCCAAGUUCACUCCCAAACUCAUCUCCGUGUACGAGAAGAUAAAGCACGAGCUAGCCGAAAAGGGAGAGGAAGACUUCGAGGUUGUGCUAAUCUCCAGCGACCGUGACCAAGCAUCCUUCGACUCCUACUAUAGCACCAUGCCCUGGCUAGCCUUACCCUUCGGUGACCCUGAGAUCAAGAACCUGGUUAGGCACUUCAACGUGCAGGGGAUUCCCUGGUUGGUCAUCAUAGGCCCUGAUGGUAAAACAAUAACCAUUCACGGUAGGAGCUUGAUAAACUUGUACCAAGAGAACGCGUACCCUUUCACCAGCGCCAAAGUGGAGGAGCUGGAGAAAAAGCUCGAGGAAGAGGCUAAGGGUCUUCCAACGUUGGUGUUUCACGAAGGGCACCGCCACAACCUUAAUUUGGUGUCUGAUGGGAACGGUGGGGGCCCAUUUAUUUGCUGCGUGUGUGAUGAACAAGGCUCUAGCUGGGCCUAUCAGUGUCUCCAAUGUGGCUAUGAAGUGCACCCCAAGUGCGUAAGAGCUGUGGAACGUGACACUAAUAGUAAUAAUAAUAAUAAUGUGUUGGUGGACACCACUACUGGUUGUGCAUAAUAUAUAUAGGAAGUGAUUAAUAACUUUCUGUAGCAAUUAAUUGAAUGUCCUGUGUUAGAGGCCAAGAGGGCGAAAACUUUACCGAAUCUGCUACACCACGGAAGGGACUGGAAUGCCCUUCAGAAUUAAUUAGAUUAUUACAUAUCUUUGUGGGUGAUUUUCUAUUUGAAAGAAAAAGACAGUCAUGAAAGGGAAAGGUGACAUACUCCGAUAUAUGAUGAUUGAUGAGUGCAAGUUUGAUAAACAUAGUCAAGAACGUGAUUUGAAUUUCGAUUUGGAAA